GUCUCCGCCCUCUGCCGCAAAUCCAUCCUCCAUUUCCUUCCACCCCCCCCCCCCCCGGACUCCACCAAUGCCUCCGGACGGGGAGGCCGACAUGGCGGCGGACGAGCUGCAGAGCCUGAGCUUCGGCUCCUCGGAGCGCUCCCGCUCCGCCUCCACCGUCUCCACCGCCACCGCCUCCUGCUCCACCUCCUCCUCCGGCCCAAUCCCCGCCGCCAACUCCGCCCCGCGCCUCGGCACCGUGCAGCUCUCCGACAUCCGCUUCGUGCGCCGGCUCGGCGCGGGCGACAUCGGCAGCGUGUACCUGGCCGAGGUCAAGGGCAACGGCAACGGCAAGGAAUCCGUGGCGCUGGUGGCGGCCAAGGUGAUGGACAGGAAGGAGCUGCAGGGCCGGAACAAGGAAGGCCGGGCUCGCACGGAGCGCGAGAUCCUCGAGGCCGUCGACCACCCUUUCCUGCCGCGCCUCUACGGCGUCGCGGAAGGGGAGCGCUGGUCCUGCCUCCUCACCGAGUUCUGCCCCGGCGGCGACCUCCACGUCCUCCGCCAGCGCCAGCCCCACCGCCGCUUCUCCGAGGCCGCCGUCAGGUUCUACGUGGCGGAGGUGGUGGCGGCGUUGGAGUACAUCCACAUGAUGGACAUCGUGUACCGGGACCUGAAGCCGGAGAACGUGCUGGUCCGCGCCGACGGCCACAUCAUGCUCACCGACUUCGACCUCUCCCUGAAAUGCGACCCCACAGCGCCCACCCCGGCCCACGUCAUCUCCGACCAAGCGCUCUCCUUCUCCUCCGGCGCCGGCGGCUCCCACUCUUCAUCCUCAUCCUGCAUCCUCCCUUCCUGCAUCGUCCCCUCCGUCUCCUGCUUCACCCUCUUCCCCAACCGCAACCGCCAUGGCCGCCGCCGCAACACCAAGAAGGCCACAACAUCAUCCUCUUCCUUUUCCAACAACGGCGGCAGCAGCGGGAGAAACAAGAGUAAAAGCAGCAGCUUUCCGACGGGGGCGCUGGACCUGGAGUUCGUGGCGGAGCCGGUGGACCUGCGCUCGAUGUCCUUCGUGGGCACCCACGAGUACCUCGCCCCGGAGAUCGUCUCCGGGGAAGGGCACGGCAGCAGCGUGGACUGGUGGACGCUGGGCAUCUUCGUCUACGAGCUCCUCUACGGCGUCACCCCCUUCAAGGGCCACGACAACGAGAUGACCCUGGCCAACAUCGUGGCCCGGGCGCUCGAGUUCCCCAACAACAAGGACAGAGAGGCGCCGUCCGUGUCGUCGGCGGCCAAGGAUCUUGUUGCGGGGCUGCUCGCCAAGGACCCGGCGAGAAGGCUCGGGGCUACCGUUGGUGCCGCGGCGAUCAAGCGGCACCCGUUCUUUAAUGGGGUUAACUGGGCUCUGCUGAGGUGUGCCACGCCGCCGUAUGUGCCGCCGCCGUUCGUGGUUGGCGCCGCAGCUGCUGGCCGGAAGGAUGGUCGUGGCCCCGGCGUUGUCGGAGCCGGCGAGGACUUGUCGGAGGAUGACGAUGAUAGUACCUGCCCUGGCACGCCCGUGGAGUACUACUAGCAGAAGAAGCCGGAGAGAAUUUUAAGCAGAGGAUGGAGAAGCCAUUGUCUCUGACGACACCUCUGGAGUCUGGAGUGAGGACUUUUGCACGUGGUGGUGGGGUUGGAACAGCUAUGAAUGGCGCGCACGAGGCAGGUGGUGUUGUGCGAUGUCGCCGCGUCGAUCUGAUCAAAUAGUUGCCGGCUGCGGGCGUGCUUGACUGUCAGUCUGUCUUGUGUGGGCGCGCGCGCACACACACACGGUUGCAAGAAUAACUUAUUGAUGUUCGUUUCUUGUACCACUAGUUCCUCCUGAUGUACCUGUCCGCUGUAUUAUUACCACGGCACAUAAAGCAAUUAGUAGUAACUUCCAGUAGUAACAGAGCUGCAGAGUUUGUAUUUUGAGCGAUGUUUUUGUUCAGGUUCUGGUUAAUUUAAGGUCAGGAGGGCGUCUAUCUA